AUGGCGCUGGGCGGCGGCGGGCGCUGGGCGGCGGGAUGCGUCGGUGACAGGCCGCAGCACCACGACUUGCGAGCGGUCCUUAGGAAGCUCAUCGACAAGGAGCUUGAUCUCUUUGUGGACAAGUGGGAAGAAGGACAAUUCUCAGCACAUAAAGUAUUUAAAACCGUGGGACAGGCUGGAUUCCUUGGCGUGCAUAAGCCAACAGAAUAUGGUGGCAUGGGCUUGGACUUCUCCUAUAGCAUUGCAGUGGCAGAAGAGCUGGGACAUAUCCAUUGUGGAGGUAUUCCUAUGGUUAUUGGAGUGCAAGCUGGCAUGGCUACUCCUUCUCUUACAAGGUUUGGUUCUGAUGAGUUGAAAAAACAGUUCCUCGUACCAACUAUAGCUGAAGAUUUUGUGGUUUGCAUGGGAAUCAGUGAAGCUGGAGCUGAGUCAGAUGUCGCAAACAUUAAGACGACAGCUGUGAGAAAAGGUGAUGAAUACAUCAUAAAUGGCGGUAAGAUGUGGACUAUGUCUGGAUGCCAAGCAGACUGGAUGUGCCUGCUGGCAAACACCAGUGAAGGACCUCCCCAUUGAAAUAAAUCUCUCGUAUGUCUGCCAAUGAAUCUACCUGGCAUUCAUGUUGCUGAAAAGAUAGACAAACUGGGCAUGAAGUCAUUGGACACAGCUCAGAUCUUUUUUGAAAAGGUAAGGGUCCCCAGCAAAAACCUCAUCGGUGAGGAAGGAAAAGGUUUUACACAUCAGAUGUUGCAAUUCCAAGAAGAGCGGCUGUGGGGAGUAGCCACUGUCCUGACACCGCUGGCAACUAUAAUACAAGAAACUAUUGACUACAUUCGCCAGCGGAAAGUGUUUGACUGGCCCGUGCUGCACGACCAAGCCAUGCGCUUCCACCUGGCUGAGCUGGCAACCGAAGUGGAGCUCCUGCGCUCGCUGCUGUACCACACUGUUGCUGCCUAUGUGGAAGGCAAUGAUGUGACAAAAUUUUCCAUGGCUAAGGUAAAGGCAGGUCGUCUGGCCCGUGAAGUGACUGAUAGCUGUCUCCAGUUUUGGGGAGGAAUGGGAUUCACCAGUGAGGUCCUGGUGAGCAGGUUAUACAGAUACUUGAGAUUUAUGUCAAUAGGAGGUGGUACAGACGAAAUAAUGCUUUCCAUCAUUUGCAAAUACAUGGAAAUACUUCCAAACAAGUGAUACGUCUCUCCUUUUUCUUGAAAAUUAAGACAGCAAGAGCAUGGCUUGUACUGCACACUGAAGGUAACAGCCAGCACAUGUUCCAACAAUAAAAUAAGUACAAAGCAUAACUAAUUUUGUCAUUGAAAUGUUUGUCAAGGUCUUUGACGAGUAUCAUUCUAUGUGUUCUCCAAUGUCAAAUUUCAGUUGAUAUGAAGCAUCCUGAAGGCAUGUGGCCUCCUGCAAGACUUUUUUUUCCAUUGUUUCAGAGGGUUACUACUUUGGGGAGCCUAGUCAUCCACACUAAGCACUCAGAAAAAACAUCGUCCUUAAUCAAGGUAUAUCUACAUUUUAGAGCAGCUAAGUUGCCAAUUAAGAAACAGAACUUCCAUAGGUAUAUAGCUAUGAUUUCACUAGUAGCUGAUCCUAAUUUCUGUGUAGCUUUCAAGACCAGUAAUUAAGGCACAAAUUAUUCCCUGCCAUAUUCACAUACUGGCACAGUGAUUUUGCUCUCCAUUACAAGUACCCUGCCUUUUCAUCUUCUAGCAAGUAAUCAUCAAAAUGAGCUCUGUCAUCUUGGCCAAGUUCCCAUCAACUUGUACUACACUGUCAUGGAUGUUUGGGGAUGGGAGUAGUGGUGAAUUUUUACAAAGAACCGUUUAAUUUUAUCUGAAGCCUUUGGAGGCCGGAACUUCAGCAGUAAGGUAUCAUCUUUUGCAUGUAAUCAUUAAAGAAAAAUAUUAAAAAUAAACAUAUUAAUA